GCGUCCUCUUCCUCCCCUUCCAUUCCGAUUCCUUAACCGACGAACAAGUGCAAGAUGGAUCUGUUAAAGGAUCAGAUUCCGGUGGAACCAGACUCUCUGCUAAUCACUGAAGAUGUUAAGACCGGUCUCGUGCUCGUUGACGUCGUUAAUGGCUUCUGCACAGUCGGCGCCGGUAAUUUGGCUCCAGUGCAGCCUAAUCAACAAAUAUCCGAAAUGGUUGAAGAGUCUGCUAGGUUAGCCAAACUGUUUUCUGAGAAGAACUGGCCUGUCUUUGCUUUCCUUGAUACACAUCAUCCAGAUGUCCCAGAGCCACCCUAUCCACCUCAUUGCAUUGCUGGAACUGACGAAGCAAAAUUGGUUCCUGCACUGCAAUGGCUAGAGAAUGAGCCCAAUGCAACCCUUAAGUGCAAAGAUUGCAUUGAUGGGUUUCUCGGUUCAAUUGAGAAAGAUGGUUCCAAUGUUUUUGUAAAUUGGGUGAAAGAUAAUCAGAUAAAAGCUGUUCUGGUCGUAGGGAUAUGCACAGAUGUAUGUGUGUUGGAUUUUGUAUGUUCUGCGCUAUCUGCUAGAAAUCGUGGUUUUCUUGCCCCUCUUCAGGAUGUCAUUGUGUAUUCUCGUGCUUGUGCAACUUAUGAUCUACCUGUUCAUGUUGCCAGAACUAUCAAAGGUGCUCUGCCACAUCCUCAGGAUCUGAUGCAUCACAUAGGCCUAUACCAAGCCAAGGGAAGGGGAGCAAGGGUGGUAUCAGAGGUGUCAUUUGCUGCACCAUAGAAACAUGUCCGGAAGGCAUUCAUAAUUUCCAGUAAGGCUUGAUGUGGGUCACAGCUGUGGAGUAAUCUCAAGACAUCGGACUUUGUUGUUUGCUAAUAAGAUCGAAUAAAAAAUGCUGUAAAUCCUUCUAAGCAACGGAUAAUUAAGCUUAUGUUUCAUCAAUGGGGUACUGCCCCUGCUUUGUGUGCUAAAUUCUUAUGAUCUAAGGAGUGAGUGGUCGUGUCUUUUGUAGGGUUGUGAUAUCCAGGCUUUUAGGCAUAUGUAAAUAGGGUGUUAAUGAGUGAGAGUACCCCUUUGUACUUUAGUAAUAAUAAAGUUUUCACUUAUUG